UGUGUGUUCGUGAUGUAUUGUCCUAAAGGCAAACAUUCCCCUAUCGCGUAUACGUUUUAAAAUGAGUCUUCAGGUACAGAAAAUCAAUAUACCACUUGCUGAUCUCUUGGCUAAUAGAUAUUUUAAGUAUAAAUUUCCUAUGAUUAUGAUUUUACAUUACGGUUCUUCGUGAAGAAUUGAUGUACAAACCAUCGUAGAAAGAUGUUACGUGAAGAAAACGCGGACAUAAUGAAUUAGUUCGCGAUUCUACUAUACGCAUUUACAGGUAUGGAUUUCUGAACUGUCAUCAAGAUGGAUUAAUAAAACCCAGAUGAUGGUUCAUCCAAAGAGCAGAUCUUGAAGUGGGCUUCAUCAGCACUCUGGAGAUUUCAGUUGUCCAUAAAAAUGGAGUUUCCAGGACACAGUCUGCAGCUCUUGGCAAGCUUGCGCUCUCAGCGUCUGCAAGGUUUCCUCUGUGACUGCACUGUGCAAGUCGGCUCAACUCAUUUCAGAGCCCACCGUGCUGUACUGGCCACUUUCUCCCCUUUCUUCCAUAUGUUUUACUCGGAUCAGUCAGUGGGGAACUCCACCACAGUCAACGGAGGACCACAGAGAGACACGGUGUGUAUUAAUGGAGACAUCGUGACUCCUCAAGCCUUUGGGCUCCUGCUUGAUUUUAUGUAUGAAGGGGUACUCCUACAAACAGCCCACCCACCUCCAGAGGAUGUGCUCGCUGCUGCCAGCUUUUUACAUAUGAAUGACGUGGUGAGAGUUUGCAAGAGAAGACUGCAGUGUCGAGGAUUGGCUGAAGCGGACAGCACAAGAGUAGAAGUAGGUACAAAUGAGUCGGCUAAACCUGGAGGACUCGACCACUCUUCUGGAGAAGACGCAGCUGGUGCGGAAAGAGAUGGAGCACUGGCACAUUGUUCCCAGUCCAGCCAACAGAUGUCACUUUUUAUUGAUGCAAAGAGUGUGACGCAAGCAGGAAUGGCUAAAAUGCUCACACACAGUGUGGAGAGUUCUGAAAUGGCAGACACUACUCAACCAGGAAUGGAUUCACAACCAGCUGUUAGUAAUUCAUCUUCAGGUCCAUCUGCUUCACCGAAACCUGUCAAGAUUAGAAUAUCAGCACGGUCCACUAGUCUUGAGUCGGCGCUUUCAAGUCCUUGUAGUUCAACAGAACUGAUUCAGACAGAAACUCAACCGGUUGUAGCCACCGCCGCAGCUCUGAGUAGGGUGGAGAACAACACCAGCGCUGCUCCAGAACAUGAACCCAGUGUUUUUAUACACACUCAAAUGCUAAAAACCCAGAGUAAACAUAGUGGAAAUCCUGGGUCAUCACAGCAAAUUCAGAACUUGAAUGAACAGAGAAAUAAGAGCACUGCUAGACUCCUGCAAAAUAGGUGUAAAAAACCUCCAACGUUAGUUGAGUACAGUGAUGAAAACGGCAGAGUGAAAGUGGAGGCCAUUGUGAUUUCUGAUGAGGAGUCUGAUGAUGCAGAUGAAGCUGUGGUCAUGGAUGACAGCCCAAGGGUAAAUGCUGAGUUAGAUCACACUGACGAUUAUGAUGACAGUAACCACGAUGUGGAGGAGCUCACUGAUACUCAAUUCAUACCUGCACAUCAGUUAAUCCAUCUUCCUCAUCAAGAGCCCCUUUCUUUCCCUCCUUCACCACAAGGCCCUAAUAAUUCCACAGCAGAAUCUAGCAGCUUCCCGUCAUCCAUUUUUCAGACCGGUUCCCAAUCAGAACAGCAGGCCAUGUACCUUGAGGAUUUUCAGGACUCGCUUGGGAAUUAUGUAGACGAUGUGCCUACUUGUAGCACUUGUGGAAAGACCUUUUCCUGUGCGUACACCUUAAGGAGACAUGCCAUCGUGCACACAAGGGAACGGCCCUAUGAAUGCAGCUACUGUUACCGGAGUUACACACAGUCAGGAGACUUAUACAGGCACAUCAGAAAAGCACAUGAUCAAGGCCUGCCUGUCAAACGCAGCAGAGUCGAAUCAGACCCUCCAUCUUCAUCGCCACCUCCAAAUCCACCUCAGACGUAGCUAAUAUUUCCUGUCCUGCAGAGUUUAGCUACCAGAGUCUAAUUAACGUCUGAACUAAUUAAUCAAGGUUUCGGACUUACAGGCAAAAGUGUUAAAGGUAAUCUCUGGAUGAGCAGGAUUGGACACAACUGCCCUUUCAGGAGAUUAGACACAAAUAUCUGUGGAUUUUGGCAGAUGUUAGGAAUUAUCAUGAUAAUUCACCCAAAUCUCGGUGGCUCAUGCCUUAAAAACGGGAAAUGCAUUGAAAAGGAAAUCACUUGACUGCUUUCAUGCAAUCAACCGAUUGAACUAAAUUAAUGUAAUUUGUUAGUUGUUUUAGUUGUCCAGGUUCUUGAGCCUUGUAAUGUUGCACCAUUUGGUUUUACAUUUCAUUGCUAAAGUGAAUGGUUUUUAUGUAAAGAGGGGGAAAGAUGUAUCGGUGAAUUAUAAUAAACAAAGCCUUUUUAUUAGUUCAUAAUUCACCUCAAACUGAAAAUUCUGUAGUCAUUUACUCACACUUAAGUCAUUUCCAAAAAGUGUUUUAUAUUCUGAACAAAUCAAAAUAUUCCACAAAUUAAAUUAUGACAGGAAAUCUUGAUUUUAAUUUAGCUUUUAAUUCUAGAAAAAUAUGAAUCAGUGAAAAUCUCAAUCAUACAUGCGAAUAAAAGCCUAAAUUAAAUCUGUUCAUUAUAUAAAGCAAU